AUGAGUACUGCUAAGAGAAAAUGUUUCUUUAGGCUUUUAAAGCUCGAAGGAAUAGUUUUUCUUAGUAAUUAUCAUCAAGCCACAAACUCUGUGCUUAAUAAUAUUGCAGAUAGACUUGAAGCUCUUGAUCUCUUUAACUCUAUACAAGUUGAUGAGUUUUUGGAAAUUGCCAAAGAAAAAAUUGUUUAUAAAGUUUCUUCAAAUGAUCAAAUUAUUACAGAGCUUGUUGAAACAUUUAGAACUAAUAAUCUACUUAUUACUAACUUGAAAGAUAUAGAUAAUAGCUUUGAAAUCUCUGUG